GCAGCAGGAAGCCAAGCAGAACCCUGAAGUGCUAAGGCAGAGAGAGAAGAAAUAAGAGGCUGAAGAGGGUUAACAUCAGCCUCCAAGUUAGCUUCCAAUUCUUGGUGAAACUCCCAGAGGGAGACUGAUAAAUCAUGAAGUUAAUUGCCAUCCUUUUCUUUUGUUCCAGGCUGCUAACAAGUUUCGCCCAAGCGGACCAACAGCAAGACAUUGACUGCAAUGAUGAGAAUGUAUUUAAGGCUGUGGAUGCAGCUCUGAAGAAAUACAAUGAUGGAAACAAAAGUGGCAACCAGUUUGUAUUGUACCGAAUAACUGAAGUCACCAAGACUGAAGACGAGAAUAUAUUUUAUUCUGUUAAGUAUGAAAUCAAGGAGGGCGACUGUCCUGUUCAAAGUGGCAAAACCUGGCAGGACUGUGACUAUAAAGAAGCUGAGCAAGCUGCCACAGGAGAAUGCAUGGCAACCAUAGGGAAGAGACCGAAUAAUAAAUUCUCCGUGGCUACCCAGACCUGCAACAUUAUUCCAGGUGAGGGCCCUGUGGUGACCUCCAAGUAUGAAUGCUAUGGCUGCGUGCACCCCAUAUCGACUGCCAGCGCUGAUUUGGACCCUGUUCUGAGACAUGCCAUUCAGCAUUUUAACAACCACACUAAUCAUCCCCACCUCUUUGCUCUUAAAGAAGUAAAAAGGGCACAGAGACAGGUGGUGUCUGGAUGGAACUAUGAAGUUACUUACUUAAUUCAGCAAACUAAUUGUUCCAAGGAGAAUUUUAAAUUCUUAACCCAAGACUGCAUGGCCCUUCCCAAUGGUGAUUCCGGUGAAUGUACAGAUUUUGCAUACAUGGAUCCUCAGCUAAGAAUUGCUUCCUUCACACAGAAGUGUGAGGUUUUACCAGGGGAGGAUUUUGUACCACCACCUACCAGACAUUGCCGUGGCUGCCCCAAAGAGAUUCCUGUCGACAGCCCAAGGCUGAAGGAGGCUCUGACACAUUCCAUUACAAAACUUAAUGCAGAGAGUAAUGCAACUUUCUAUUUCAAGAUUGACAAUGUGCACAGAGCAACAUCACAGGUGGUGGCUGGAACAAAAUAUUUUGUUGAGUUCACGGCCAGGGAAACCACAUGUUCCAAGGAAAGUAAUAAAGAGUUGACUGAAAGUUGUGAGAUCAAUAAACUUGGAGAAAUUCUAAGCUGCACUGCUGAUAUUUAUGUGGUACCUUGGGAGAGUAAAAUUUACCCUACUGUCAAAUGUCAAUCAGUAGGAAAGACCUCAUUGCUGAAAAGACCUCCAGGUUUUUCACCUUUCCGAUCAGUACAAGUGGCGGAAACAAAAGAAGGAACAACUGUAAGUCCACCCCACACUUCCAUGGCACCUGUACAAGAUGAAGAGCAGGAUUCAGACAAUGAACAAAGACCCGCUCAUGAUCAUGGCUGGGGCCAUGAAAAGCAAAUAAAACAUGGGCAUAGCCAUGGCCAUAAACAUGAGCAUGACCAAAGCGAUGGGCACCAAAAGGGACAUGGUCAUGGCCAUGGACAUCAAAGGGAACAUGGCCUCGCCCAUAGACCUAAACAUGAGCAUGGUCAUGGCCAUGAAAAACAUAAAAAUAAAGGAAAACAGAAUGGAAAGCACAAUGAUUGGAGGACAAGUUCUUCUGAAGAUAGUACUACAUCUGCACAGACACCAGAGAAGACAGAAAGGCCAAAAUCCCUCCCCUCCCUAGCCCCGUCAGGUGUAGCAGUUGCCUUUCCUGAAUUUCGGGACUUAGAUCUCAUUGCAGCUAUGAUGACUAAUAUACCACCAACUCCCACAGAGAAUGAUGAUUCUUGGAUCCCUGAAAUCCAGAUAGAGCCCAAUAGCCUUUCAUUUAACCUGAUACCUGAUUUCCCAGAAACAAUUUCCCCUAAGUGCCCUGGACGGCCCUGGAAGCCAGUUAAUGGAAUGAAUCCAACUGUGGAAACAAAAGAAUUUCAUGAUUUUGAUCUCUCUGAUGCUUUUUAUUAAUGUAUGCAGCCAUGGGUGUUUCUUUAACACUUCAUCAUCCCCUUUCACCAUUGUCCAAAUACCCUGAUAUAAUGCACCAAAAGCCAUGAAGCUUCAAACAGCCUAGAGAGAAGUGGUGAGACUCCCAAUGGGGACACAUUCAAUUUCUAUGGACAACACAAAACUGUGUGCAGGAUUCUACAUUCUUUCUGAGUCUUCCUCAUGAGUUUUCUUAACUAGCACAGAAAAUGGACAAACAAAUGUGCCUAUGGCCUACUGCAACUUGCUUUUCUAAUAACAAAUAUGUACCUUAGAAUGGAUGUCAUCGACUGUCAUACAAAGAUUCUUGCCAUUCUGAAUAAACUGUGGCAUCUGUUCCCUGAAACCAUGUGAAAAUAAGGAAAGUCAAGAGACUGUAUGUUGAACUUCUUAAUAGGGCAAAAAUAAUAAUAAAAGUUACCAGAGGUCAAAGAGGGACAACAAGAAAGACAGACUGGCCAAAGUGGGGACAGAAGGAA